CGUAGAGGCUGCGCUCAUGCCUACCACUUCCGUGUACACACGCGAGCUGAUUGAAACAUAAGACCAAAGAGAAAAUCAUUUUUUUCUUUGUUUGCUUGACCUAAAUACUUAAUCGAUCCGCAGGACAGUUUGGCGAUGGGUUUGCUGACAAUUCUGAAGAAGAUGAAGCAGAAAGAGCGCGAGAUGCGACUACUAAUACUAGGUCUCGACAAUGCGGGGAAGACGACCGUCGUGAAGAGGCUGAAUGGCGAGGACAUCAGCACCAUCCCACCAACGCUGGGCUUCAGGAUCAUCACGUUGGAACACAGAGAGUACAAGUUGAACAUUUGGGACGUGGGGGGACAGAAAUCUCUGCGCUCCUACUGGAGGAACUACUUUGAACGCACGGAUGGUCUCGUGUGGGUGGUGGACAGCGCAGACCGACAACGCAUGGAAGACUGCAGGCAGGAGCUCCACAAGCUGCUGCUGGAGGAGCGGUUACUAGGUGCAACAUUGUUGGUGUUUGCAAACAAACAAGAUGUACCUGGUGCAAUGUCAGAAGAAGCGAUACAAGCGACGUUAGCCCUGGAUGACAUCAAAAACCACCACUGGUGCAUUAUGGGAUGCAGUGCAGUGACAGGCCAGAAUCUUCUGGCAGGGAUGGACUGGCUGUUGGAUGAUAUUGCCGCACGGCUCUUCAAUGCAGACUAACCUGAUGUUCUUCGACAGAGGACAUUGAUGUUUUCCCUGUUUUGUCAUGGCACAAACAUCUGUGCAUUCUUAAUGUUAUCAAGUAGCAAAAUGGCGGCCCCUUCAACUGAAGCGUGCUUAAGUGUUCAGCUCACAACCCAUCAUUGCUCACUGGGGUUUUGGUCAUUUUCAGUUGACAAAAAGGGCAAAAUGGCCAGCUCCUGCAAUGGCUAAAAAUGCAUUUUUGAUUAUUAAUUCAUUGUCCCUCAAGUAUUAUCAAAAUACUGUGUUUAUGCCAAAUUUGCUAAAAAAAGGUUGAAGAAAAAAAGCCCAAGAGUAAUUUUAUUUUUCUUUAUUUCAAAGAUGGGUCAAUACGAUGAAUCACUUUCAGUGUGCAGGGGCAUUUCCAAAUUUUCCAAGAUGCCGAUCCAGUCUGGAAAUGGAAAGAACCAAAAUAAAAAUGCAGUCAGUGCCCAAGAGACACACAACAUGCUUUACAAUGUUUGCUUCAAGAUCAGAGUCAACCAAUCAGUCAUGAAAGUUCAGACUGGGGCGGUAUCAUGAGCUCAUCACUUCUGUUGGCAAAUUAAAAUAUGCGCAUCAUACCAACAUGGCUGCCGCGGACAGCGCAAAACAGCAUCCUGGUAGCCGAAACAGACACGCCAACCUGUGAGCAGAAUAAAAUAAAUUUCAAUUUGAUCACCAUUUAUAGGAGUUGACAUUAAUUCAAUGUGGCUCAGGAGUUGUACCAAUCAGUCACGAAUCUUCAGACUGGGGCGGUAACAGGAAGUCAUCACUUUCCACACAAAAACCUCAAAAAAAUAAAAACAUUCGACUCACCUCCACGAAAUGGCCGCCUCCCAUCUGAAAAGUUAAAGGAAAUUGUUAGCUAGCUUCUUUACAUGUGGCCACCAUGCUACAGCAAACUUCUUUUUCAGACUGUUGGAAACCCCAACAAGGUGUCCCCUUGUUGCCAUGGUAACACCAGUGGGUUCACCUUUGCAGGUCUGGCAUCGACGCAUGGCGUAAGACGCGUGCGGGUGUCAUCACCAAAGAAACGCAUGGAGCACAUAUUGCUGUUGCGUGAUUUUAAUGCUCACCUGGCAGAUGGGGUCCAAAUGCGGAUACAUCUGGUUGAGGGGAGGAAACAAGUCAUGAGCUUUGGGGAA